CCGCCGCCCAGGUCUCUGUGCCCCGGCGCGGGGCGGCAUGAGCCGGCGGCCGCAGCCUUAACGUCCCGCUCCUGCGGCCGGGUUGCGGUGACGGUGCUCGCUGCGGGGUUGGGGGCCAUGAAGCCGAGCCCGGGCGGGACGGCGAGGGAGCUGGAGCCGCAAGCGCCGGCCCGGGGCGAGCCGCGCGCGGCGGAGCAUGAGGGGCGCUGGCGGGAGAAGGGCGAGGCGGACACGGAGCGACAGCGCACCCGGGAGCGGCAGGAGGCCACGCUGGCGGGGCUGGCGGAGUUGGAGUACCUGCGACAGCGCCAGGAGCUGCUGGUCCGGGGCGCGCUGCGCGGCGCGGGGGGCGGCGGGGCCGCUGCGCCUCGAGCCGGGGAGCUGCCGGGGGACGCGGCGCAGCGCAGCCGCCUGGAGGAGAAGUUCUUGGAGGAGAACAUCUUGUUGCUGCGGAAGCAAUUGAAUUGUUUGAGAAGAAGAGAUGCUGGUUUAUUGAAUCAGUUGCAAGAACUUGACAAGCAGAUAAGUGACCUGAGACUGGAUGUAGAAAAGACAUCUGAAGAGCACCUGGAGACAGACAGCCGGCCUAGCUCAGGAUUUUAUGAGCUGAGUGAUGGAGCUUCAGGAUCUCUUUCCAAUUCUUCGAACUCCGUCUUCAGUGAGUGUUUAUCCAGUUGUCACUCCAGCACCUGUUUUUGCAGCCCCUUGGAGGCAACUUUGACUAUCUCAGAUGGUUGCCCCAAAUCUACAGAUCUCAUAGGAUGGUUGGAAUAUAAAGAAGGCCACUGUGAAGACCAGGCCUCAGGGGCAGUUUGCUGUUCCCCUUGCACACCACAAUUUAAUUCCCUUGAUGUCAUUGCAGAUGUGAAUCCCAAGUACCAGUGUGAUCUGGUGUCUAAAAACGGGAAUGAUGUGUAUCGCUAUCCCAGUCCACUCCAUGCUGUGGCUGUGCAGAGUCCCAUGUUUCUCCUUUGUCUGUCCGGCAACCCUCUGCGGGAAGAAGAGAGGCUUAAUAACCAUGCCAGUGACAUUUGCGUGGGAUCUGAGCUGGAUACCAUCAAGACAGACAGUUCUUUGCCAUCUCCAAGCAGCUCGUGGUCUGCUCCCCAUCCUUCAUCUGGUAAAAAAAUGGAUGGCUACAUUCUGAGUCUGGUGCAGAAGAAAACACACCCUGUAAGGACCAACAAACCAAGAACCAGUGUGAACGCUGACCCCACCAAGGGGCUGCUGAGGAAUGGGAGCAUUUGUGUCAGAGUGACUGGAGGUAUUUCACAAGGCAAUAACGGGAACCUUAAGAAUGCUAAACAGGCGCCUUUGCCCUCUGGUGUAAUCCCCUGUUUGGACAAUGGGACGUUCUCCCCUCUGAAGCAGUGGUCCAAAGAGCCAAAGGCAGAACAACUGGAAAGCAAGAGGUUGCCCCUGCCAGAGGGCUGCUUGCCAGGCGCAGCCACUGAACUUCAAAGUAAGCAUCUGCCCCAGAAUACCAAGCCGGCCUCCCAGGAACACGCUCGGUGUCCCACCGCUGUGACAGUAGAGUCCCCUAAAGAAAGCAGUCAGGUCCCAGGUGCCUCUCCAAAGGACAGUCCUGGGAGAGCCCCUGCCGCUCCGCCGCAAGAGAACAAGGUCGUCCAGCCACUGAAGAAGAUGUCACAGAAAGGCGGCCUGCAGGCUGUUCCUCUGGCGGCGCCUCCUCCUGCCCUGCUUUCUCCAGCUUUCCCCAUGGAAGAGCGACCUUCCCUGGACUUCAAAAGCGAGGGCUCUUCCUCGCAAAGCCUGGAGGAACGCCAUCUGGUAAAGGCGCAGUUCGUCCCAGCGGCGCAGCCGCCCGUUGGCAGGCCGCCUCGGGGUGCCCGGACGGCGGCGGUCCCGAGGAGCUCCGCCCUGAAGCACAGAGCCCAGGCCCACCACGGGCCGGACGGCGCGCUGCCCGCCGUGAGGGAGAAAACCCGGGCAGCCAGCAAGAAGUGUCGGUUCCCGGACGACGUGGAUACAAAUAAGAGACUCAGGAAGGCCGUCUCCAAGGGGCGGAAGGCGGGGGGCGGCCAGGCCGAGGUGGGGGUCACCACCCGGCCUCUGGGGGCCGGCCACAGGGCCGGCAGCCGGGCGCACGGCCACAGCCGGGAGGCAGUGGUGGCCAAGCCCAAGCACAAGCGAACUGACUCCCGGCGGUGGAGGUCAGCGGCAGAGGUUUCCUACGAGGAGGCCCUGAGGCGGGCGCGGCGGGCCCGGAGGGAGAAUGUGGGCCUGUACUCGGCGGCCACGGUGCAGCUGCCCUACGCCAGCCCCUAUGCCUACGUGGCCAGCGACUCCGAGUACUCGGCCGAGUGCGAGUCCCUCUUCCACUCCACCGUGGUGGACACCAGCGAGGACGAGCAGAGCAACUACACCACCAACUGCUUCGGGGACAGCGAGUCCAGCGUGAGCGAGGGCGAGUUUGUGGGGGAGAGCACGACCACCAGUGACUCUGAAGAAAGCGGGGGCUUGAUCUGGUCCCAGUUUGUCCAGACGCUCCCCAUUCAGGCGGUCACAGCCCCAGACCUUCCCAACAACGCCACAAAAACUUUUGUCAAAAUCAAGGCUUCCCAUAACCUCAAGAAGAAAAUCCUCCGCUUCCGGUCUGGCUCUUUGAAACUGAUGACGACUGUGUGAGGUCACAUUAUUGGUGUGGAAAGUGGUUUUUUCCUAGUUACCGAAGGUGGCAUUUUUAGUGUGUCAUGCGUAUAUGGAAUGCUUUCCUUUUGUUAAGAUAAAACAAGUAAUUUAUGUGUCAUCUACAUCAUGUAUGGACGUUAAUGCCUUUAGUGGAAGGUAAAGGAUGUUUUUUACACUUUAGAAGUAAAUAUUGAGGUCUUACUGGUGGUGAUAGUGAAUGAAUUGUGUGGGAUCAACUGAUUUUUAUUUAAAGUUUUCUGAAUAUUAAGGCACAGGGUUUCAUGUUCAAGUCUUAUUGUGAUUAGACCUUUUGAUCGGAAGGUAAGUGGGUAGAUGUUUAGGACACACAUUUAGUCCUAGGUUCUUUUAGAGUUCUGAGAGGGUUUUCCUGUUGAGAGGCAGCACAUUUCAUUGUGGGAAGUAGGUAUGGAGAGGGCAGUCAUCCUUUCUGUAAUUUUUUAUAUAACCUGCAUUUCUCAGAUGUAGUCCCAUACUGUCUAAUCAAACUUUUCUGUCUACUGAGCUCAGAACUUCGAAGACCAGACCCUAAGUCCAGAGGGAGGUGACUUGGAUUGGGUUGCUGGUAAUAUCUUAACAAAAGGACUCACUGAAGCUUUCACAACACACUUGGUGCCUAGGCUCUGGUUACAAUACACGCCACGCUAGGGCUGUUUAGCUACGACUUUGUUGCCUUUCUUCUCCCUGAUUUGCAGCAAACCCAACCAUUGCACCCUUGGAGGGCUUGCCUUUGGGAUAAAAGUUUACUCCUAGUGAAAUAACCCUUAGGUGUGACUCCAAGCCCAGAAUUGGUCACUGAGCAUUGUGCCACCUAAGCAUUGGUCUGAACAUAUUAGUGCAAUCCAUUCCAGAUUGGAACAUUGACCCUGUCUGGAAGGGCUUUUUUUUAAAAAAAGAUUUUGGUAAGCAGUAUUGUGUAAAAUGGCUUUUUUUAUACCAAUAUAUGCAUGUUUUGUGCAUGGGUAGUAUUUGUUUUGAUAUUCCUGUUGGUGUCAAAUUACUGUAUGAUAUAAACAAUAUGUGUUUUUAUAUAUCAUUGUAUAAAUUUAAUAUAACACAUUAUAUGCUGUAAUAAACAAUUUGUUUUACUGCUGUUAAGUUUGUUAUUUGGGUAUAAAACCAGAUGUUUACACCUAUAAAUCUCGUGCUGAUUAUUGUGAAAUUUAUAGGACUAUUUUAGAGUUAAAAUAUUAUUUGUAAUUAUUAAGGCAGAUUUUAGGAGUUUCCUGGGAAUGGAUGGUGGUAAAGAAAUGAAAGUAAACUAUUUAAGAAUAGUUAGGGCACUUACCUGAAAUUUAAGGUAAAUUUGAUAGAUAUCUUCUAGGGAAAAUAUUUCUGAGAACUAUCCUUGUCUACUUUAUAGUAUGAAAAAUUUCUAGGUUGAAAAGGGUGCAAUAGUCACUUGUAUGGCCACCGCCUAGACUGAUCAAUUGUUAAUAUUUUGUCAAGCUUGCUUUAAUUCUUUCUGUGUGUGUAUUAGGUUAAAUCAGAUUGAUAAUUUUGUAGGUCAAAGUCAAAUUUGGCAAUCUUUCCUCUUCGUGUCACACAGCUAUACUAUUUGAAGGUGGACCUCGGACUUCAUAUUUUUUUUUUCUCUAAAAACUUAAGCAAGCCUUUCCUAAGAACAGAGUGAUUCUCCUGUGUGACUACACAGUCAUGGUCACAUCUAAGGAAAACUGUGAGUGAUUCUUAUUAUCAUUAAAUAGUGAAUCUCUUCAAGUUUUCCAAUUCACUUAAACAGUUUUUAAAUUGCAGCUUCCGGGGAUCUCUUUCCACCCAACCAGGAAUCAGUCAGUGUUACGUAUUGCAUUUGGUUGUAGCUAUCUAGUAUUUUAUUCUAGAAUUGUCUCUCUACAGUAAAAAAAAGUUAUUGUAUUUUUAAAAUCAGGACAGUUGACUUACAAAAAGGCCCACAUUCUGGAUUGGGUUAUUUGCAUACAUUAUCUUUUAACAUCUUCUAGUCUCUUUAUUUCCUGUGAAUGGUGUAAAGCUUUACCAUACUAAGUUUAAACAUUUUUGGCAAGAAGAUUUCACUAGUGACUUUGUGUACUUUUAUUGUUUCAUAUCAAGAAACAUAACAGAUUGCUCUACAAUUAAUUUGAGACUGAUCCCUUGGUUAAAGUGGUGAACAGAGAUUUUCCAUAAUAAAAACAUUUUUUUCCUUCAAAUGAUUAUUUCUUUGGGACUAUGCAGAUGUAUUAUUCUUCAAUAAUCUUCCACUUAAUGGUUUUAGCAUCCUUGCUUGAACUAGUUAGUGUCUUGUGGGUACAAA